GGUCUGGGAAUGAGAAUAGUCGGUGGACAAGAAAGUGAGAAUGGUGAAAUGGGAGCCUAUGUUACAAUGGUUAUUAAAGGUGGACCAGCCGAUGUUCAAGGAGGAAUCAAAGAAGGUGAUCAGAUUUUAGAAGUCGAUGGCCAGUCUUUGGUCGGCGUCACCUUUGAAGAGGCACGAGCCAUAACUGAUAAAACAGGCAAUGUUGUGCAACUAGUUGUUAUUCAUCAAGUUCCAAGGUAUACACUAGAUUGUAUUUUUUAG